GGGGCGGCUGGUGUAGUAGCACUGCAGAGCCGCAGCUCUUAUUUGACGUACACCAAGUGGCUUCUGAACCCUCCAACUUAUUUUCUAUUUUUUUUCCUAUGCUGCACGAAUACAAGAAAUUGUGAUUGCCAGGAAUCACCAUAGUUUACUCGCAUACUGCCUUAGUCAACAGUGUUGAAUACUGCGAUCUGCGCAUGCGUUUUUGGUAGUUCUAGAACUACAAAGUAGCAUCCCCAACAAUUUCCGCCUAACCUCCUCCUCAUUUAAAACCCUUUUUUUGAAUGGAAAUCUGUGCUGCAGUAUUGAUAGCACUCAGUCUGGUGUUAUACGUUGUAAGGGAAAUAUGUCGCCGUUGGAACGAUACGUACAUUCAUUGAAUGCGUACUAGCAUACUCAGUCUUACUCCGGGCGCUGUGGAGGUCUAUUACGUCGCCGACGGUAUAUUACCAUCGUGGAUGUGGUCCACAACCUUAAUAACGUGAAGAAGUUUUCAUCGUGCUUUUAUGAAGAAAAACUUAAUUUAAAAGUACAGGAUCGGUCAAUGCCAGGGACUACAAUAACUAAAGCUGGUAUAUCCCGAACGGAUAAAGUCACACAACUGUUGUGCAGCACGUGCCGUCAAAUUACGUUAAAAACAUACAAGUUUAGAAUGACCUCAAUGAAAAAUGAUAGAGAUCUAAAGGCGAAUUACGUCUGUCCCAACACGGUUCCAGCAGCUUCCAACUCUGCACCCCCUGAAAAAGACACCUUUGCACCCAACAACAUGGCUGAGGCUCCCUGUAAAACUGUCGGUUCUAUCAAGUACAAACGUGCGCAUCCUUCAGUCAGAAAAGCGGCCCAUGAAAAUCCAGGAGUGAUAAUUCCAACAAAAUGUUUAAAACUGCACAUCGGAGCAUAUAUCACAUUGCUGACGGAUGAAGUUGACGAAUGGUACAAAGAGCGUAAUUAUAGUGACGCCGAAAUCGCAAAAUUGAAAAUACAAGCAUACGAAUUGGCAAUUAGCGAUGAUAACAUCGAGCCUAAGAAACGAAAAUUGAAUCCGAAUGAGAAAAAAUCUAAGAAGAGUUCGACUGGAAGUUUAAAGGGAAAUGGAAGACUAAGUGUUGAUUCCGAAAGUUCUCGACCGGAAAGUGCCUGUUCGAAUAGUACAGACAAAUCAAACAAACUGACGAAAGGACAAAGUGCAGUAGGUGUUAAGAUGGACGUUCGGUUUGUGCGGGAUAAUCUUCACACUCUUGUUGGAGAUGUUGAUAAAAAGGUAUCACCUGAAAAAUCGGACACUAAAUGUGUUAAAAACAAAGUCGCGGCUUGCAGUAAAACAGAGACUGCUGUUAGUGUUGAAGUACUUCAACGAAAAUUAAAUACUAUAUGUGCUGGAAGAGAAUCAGUUGACAAUCCAGUUAGUGACACUAACAAGAAUGUACUUCGUCAGAAUUCUGAUGUUAAAUCGAAUAAUCAACUACUUCUUAAAAAUGGUAUGGCACAAUUGGGGCCUAUUCUGCAUGAUGUACUCAACAAAUCGAAACAAAUGGAUAAAUCAAAUGAAGGAACAAUAUUAACGGACACUCUUCAAAGGACAGAAUCUAUGAAACACAAAAUCGAGGUUAAUGGGAAUUUACAUCUUGAUGUAUCUUGUCUAGCCAAAAAUAUCAAACCAAAAGAAAAUCAAAGAGAACCAUCUCCUACAAAGGAAGAUUCUGGCUUACUGACUAAACCUGCGGCAGCUUUCACCGAUUACACAUGGCUUGUUCUUUCCGAUUCGGAAGACAUAGAGAGAGGGGAAAAUUGCUCAGACAGCGAUCCUGUAGUCCCAGAUAUCGAUAGUGGAAGUACUUCAAACGAUUCUACAAAACUGCUUGCAAAUCAAUCCACGAAACUGCCCGAAAACACUGAUAAGGCUACAUUCACAGAAGCUUUGGAUUUAGUACCGAAAAAUAGUAACAUGCCUGAUUUGUCGUUGGUAUCUCUCGUUCCCAAAUCCCACAAACUAUAUACUUGUAAAGUUUGUGAUUCGCAAAAAUCUAGUCUUAAAGAACUCAAAAAUCACGAAAGGAGAAUUCACACGAAAUGUCCUUUCUGCAGUAAAAGAUUUCGAUCAUUAGUCCAUCGAGAUGAACACGUUAGAACAAGCUGUCGCAUAAAUAAAAGUCCAGUGAAAUUAAAAAUUCCGAAACUUCAGUUAGUUAGAAUUGAUGAAGUUGAGGAAAUAAAAAAGAAGUAUCUUUUUGAUUUAAAAACUGGAGAAGUAAAUGAGAAGGAAGAAAAUAACGCUGUCGAAAAAGAGAGUGACAGUGAUGAUUCAGAAGGUAGGCUUGUAAUUUGUGAUCCGGCAACAGUUAAAGCCAUUAGCGAAUUGGAAAAUUUUAUUAAUGAAACUGAAGUCGUCCCAGAUAGACAAACGCCAGAAGUAGUGAAUAACGGACAGAUUGACGACAAUAACGACAUCAUAUGUAUUUCAGAUGAAGAAACCGAAACGCCUGCAGUACAACCCAACACGUCUCCACAAAGCUCCAAAAAGCAAAUGAUAAAUGUAGUAAGCAAUGAACUCCUGAAAAAAAUCAAGAUCCAUGACACCGACGUUAACAUUCUAAAACGCAUUUUAUCUCUUUCAAAAUCAAACGUAGAUAAGAAAACCGACAACUCCUCUCUUUUGGACAACCCCAUCGUGAACGGGAAUACCAACCGGAUCAAAAUCUUCAAAAACCUCCGCAAACAUCUCAAACGCUACAAAAUUCCUAUCCAAGUUCAAUACGGGCCGACUGUAUCCGUUGAAUACAAACCCACCAAAGCACCGCCUACGAAAAAACGUAAUGACUUGUGGUUUACCGCAAUACCCCGAGAAAUCCGACCUUUGGUACCAAAGCCAUCUCCAAAAAAUACCCUCACUUAUACCUUUUUCAACGGUCAAGCUGCUGUAGUGACAACGACCUCGAAUCAACUUGUAAACAACGCUUCGCAGAAAGUCAUCACAAGUCCCGUAACAACAUUAGCUAGCACGUCCAUUCUGCUAAACCGUACUCAGAAUAUCUGUACAAGCAGCACUAAUAACAACAUUACGAAUAUUAUCCUCGUUCCAAGUAAUUUAGUGUCGCUAUCGACCACACAAGGAACUUUUCCUGUCUUAAGUCAUACUAAUCCGGUGACUAUGCGGAAUGACCAACCGAGUGCUAGUACGAUUGAUUCGCUUCGUUCAAUAACUGAUGCGUUGAUGCCACCAAGUCGUGUAUUGAGUGAAAAUUCUAAUGAACAGAAUACUUCAAAAGAAAAGACUCUUCAACCAGCUAUUAGGGUUAAAAAUCUCCAAGAAUUGUCUUAACUUUUGUAAUUUUUAUUUUUACAAUAAUAAAUAAUAAUGAAUGCGUA